AUGAAGACCAUACCUGCCGUCCGUUUUGCGUUGAUUUACGUACUUUUGGUGGUUGUCGCACUGGGAUAUUUUAUGCUACCAUCGCGUAAAGUAGACGGUAGCCGUUUGCCAAUCACAACGCCAAGACCCACCAACAAACAUACAACCACUGAGAUGACCACAGUGAAACCAGUCGUCAAUCCUCAUCUGUUUAAGUUUACAAUACACAACCAAGCUGCCUGCUUCAACAGGAACAACUCACAAGGAGCACUCUUCUUGGUUUUGCUCGUCAAAUGUGCGCCGUUCGAGAAGUUGGACCGGCAGCAAAUCCGGAAAACUUGGGGAGGUGUCAAGGAGGUGCUCGGCAGGCGGGUCCUGACGAUGUUUCUUCUAGGGGAGUCAACGGACCCCCAUCAUUCGGAAACAAAUUUAAGAGGAGGACAGUACAUUUCAUGA